AUGUUUUUGUUCAAUAACGUUGCAUUUACUGUGACGGUCGUCUCCAUCAUCUCUUGUUGUAUUUUCUGGACACAAGCUCUAGCUUCACAGCCUCACAUAUUGCUACUAUUGGUCGAUGAUUUGGGAUGGAGCGAUGUUGGAUAUCAUGGUUCGCAAAUAAAGACUCCUAAUGUAGACAGACUUGCUCGUGAAGGAGUUAUCCUUGAGAAUUACUAUGUCCAACAAUACUGUACACCAACUAGAGGAUCUCUCAUGACAGGCCGGUAUCCAAUACACACCGGUGCGCAUGUUUUACUAGUUUUCUUCCUCAAGACUCACGAAAAACAUGUUUUGGCCGGCCUUUAGGGGGUAACUUUUCAGUAUCUCAACAGCUGAUAUCAUGCCAGCGUUAAUUUUGGGUUAGGGGAGGGGUAGGUGCGUAGUUGCUGAGAAACUUUCAUUGAUCCAACUUUUGUGACCUUAGAGGAACUUCUGUACCAAGUUGUCCCGCAGCCACUGCUAGGAACCCGAGAUGCUAUGUUCAUUCAAUUUCUAGUGGGGAGGGUAAGGGUAACUUUAAAGUGGGGACAAGUAAAUUAAACUUUACUGAAACUUAAUCAACAUUAUUGAAUCAAGUAAACAAGCUAAUCAUAUCAGUGUCAGAGAAAUGGAUUGUAGAAGACCAAGCUCAGUUUGUAUACAUGUGGGAUGAAGAUUGCUGUCAACUGGAUCAUGUGGGGACAAAGGAGACUUAGAGGUCCAUGCCACUCCCCCUCCACCCAUCUUUCCCAUCUCAACUUUUCAGGGAGGACAUGUUAAAGAAAAGGAUUUUUGGCGAAGUUAAAUGUGAUGAGUGGAAGACUGGUUUCAGAAUUUCAUUUACAAUUCCUGCAUUAUCUGUUUAUAGACUUCUCCAUUUUGAUUUACCCAGGAAAUCCCAUUUUUUCAGCCUGUAGCCAUGUUUGUGGCAAAAUUUCACAGUGCAAAAAGCAAAGUUAACAUGAAAUCUUUAACCUUCCAUUUUAAAUACAGGACAUAUUCCUUAUAAGCUGGUUUCUUCAAACAGUAUUUAAGCAAAGUAUAACCUAAAAAACUCAAAUGAAGAAUUACUGACAGCUGUUUCUUUACAUUUUCAGGCCUACAACAUCGAGCAAUUCUUAGUUUAACCCCUUUUGGACUUCCUCUAGAAUUCUCCAUUCUACCAGAGAAGUUAAAAGAAGUAGGUAGGUUAAGUAUCUAAAUUAUGUUUCUUUUAAUCCUUUAACUCCCAAGAUCUGAUUGCUAAUUUCCCCCUCCAGCUGCUUCACAUUUCCUUUGAAAUUAGUUACAAGAAUUUGGUAUAACUGUACUUGUAGAUCAAGAUAGCAACAUCUACCUGAUAACUUUUAAUAUUCUCAUUACCUGUUUACAGGAUAAUGUAUAGAUAUUAUAGGGAGAAAUUAUAUGUUAUCACUUCUUGGAGUUAAAGGGCAAAGGCUUCCAAAAUGACUUGUAGUAUGAACCAAGUAUCUGCUGUUGAUGAUGAUAAGCAUCUAAACAUAACUAAAAAAAAUAUCCUGAUAUAGUCAGUUUAAUUUAUAACUUAAAAAGGAAAAACUUAAUAAAUGUAGAUAAAAACCCAAAACCACUCACAAAGUCAUCAAAACUGAAAAUGUAAACAACUUAGAGUACAUGUUUGGAUGUGAGUUUUGCAUUUGAGUUCAUGUUCAAGCUAGAAUUAUUCCAAAGAAACACUAAAAACAAACUAAGGUAAAAUUAAAGAGCUAUGUAAAUGAAUGAACAUAACUAUUUAUGAAUAAACGACCAUUUAUUUAUAAACUAAAAUUAUGCAGAUUCUAAGUCUGCAGCAUGUCUUUUAGAGAGUUCUUUGCACAAAGUAUUUUAAUCGCACAGAGUAUUUUAAUUGUGGUAUACAAGAAUAGCGCUGACAAAUUUGCCAGAGAAAUUCUCUAGUUCAAGCAUAUUCAAGUUGUAAGGCUAAAUCAUCACGAGCAUUGAACACAUUUAUGUGCAUGCGCAAAUAUUUUUUAUCUGAACAGGAAGUAUCGAAAUUUUGUCUUAAUGCUUUCACUUAAAUCAAUGAAUUAUGUAGUACUCAAGAAUUUCCAAGAUUCCAUCAAAAUCCCUCAGUAGUGCCCUUCCAAGCUACUUUAUUAUGUAAUAAAAAUUUCAAUCAGUUCGUGCUGAUCUCUGCUUCAAAAAGCUAAUUAGAUUGAGGUUGGAUAAUUAAGUAACUUUUGGUAAUGGUCAGGGAUGUGUUUCAAUUUGACAAUUUUAGAGGGCAAAACAGAUAAAAUGCUUGGUAGAGUGCAAGCUCCUAGCUCCAAAAGGAAAAAAUAUAUAUUUUAAAGAUGCUGCAUGCAACAUACCUGGGGUAAUUUUCACUAAAUUUAAAGAUCUGGAAGGCUGAACUAAAGGAAAGGUUGAUUGUUGGUUUAAAAAAAAAAACUUUUAAUCCUUUAAUUCCCAUGAGUGACCAAGACAGAAUUUCUCCUUACAAUAUCAAUACAAUAUCAAGUAGACAAGUGAUGAGAAUCAUAGGAAAGAAAAUAUUAUUUAGGGGAUCAAUAGCUGAUCCAGUACCAAAUUCUCCAAACUAACACUACAACAACUGUAUGGCAGAAAGUGAGGAGAAUUACUAAUGAGAUAGUGGGAGUUAAAGGUAAAAGCGACAAGUAAGAAAAUACCCCAUUAUGGCUCUGGCUAUACCUCAGUUGACCCCUGAUUACUCAAUUCUCCAUUUUAUUAAUUCAUUUCAACAUAUUAUGUUGCCAUCAUUUUCUCCAUUUUAACAAAUUACUUUCCACCUUAAUUCUAUACUAAUUAUUUUCAUGAAUUCAUUUCAUUUUAUUAUGUUGCCAUUUUCAGGUUACAAAACACAUCUUGUUGGAAAAUGGCAUUUAGGUCACUAUACAUCUGUGAGUACUCCAACACACAGAGGCUUUGAUUCCUUCUUUGGAUUCUACAACUAUGGACACGACCACUUCAACCACACCCAUGAUGGCUUUUUAGACCUCUUUGAGGGUGAAAAAGUUGCAAGAGGGUACAAAGGACAAUACACUUCCCACCUUUAUGUGCAGGUGAUUUGGAAUAAGAGUUCUGUCUUAGUAAAUUAAUGCUGGCACAUAGUUUGUUUUCUUUUCACCAGUAGCCCUUAAGCUCACCUUGAAGGAUUCAGGUGAGGGACCGGACACUGAGUCAUAUGUGUGUGACAGGUAGUGCAAGAAAUCCCAUUAUGUUCUUAGCUAUUUCUGGAAUUUAAAACCAUAUGAAAGAAAGCUGAAUGGCUUUUUGGUCGAGAGUUUAAGUUUUUUCUCCCUGAAUCAAAUCUCAACAUUUUGUGCAGGAAGUCAAGAGAAUUGUUGAAGAGCAUAAUUCUUCCAAGCCUUUGUUCUUAUAUAUGGCAUUUGAGAAUGUCCACGACCCAAUUCAGGUGCCUGAAAAAUACCUGAACAAAUACAGCUUCAUCAAAGAUAGGGAAAGGCGAACUUAUGCGGCCAUGAUGGAUGUGGUGGAUGAAGCCAUUGGAAACAUAACAAAGGCUUUUAGAGAGAAAGGGUAAGGGCAUUUUUUGAUUGCUACCUACAGACAGCUUUUGUGGCUUGGUUUGGGAAAUAUUGAAACAUUGUUGUAUAAUGAGAUCAUCCUGAGUAACUAUUUGACCUCUAAGAAUGAUUAGCAUCUAAUUUCUCUAUAUCCCUUAUAUUAAAGAGAAUAAAGGAAAUGAACACCAACUAAAGAAGUUCUUGAUUGUCAAACAAAUUCUCCCUGUUAAUUUCUUUAUAUCCCUUGUAUGAAAGAGAAUAAAGGAAAUGAACACCAACUAAAGAAGAAGUUCUUGAUUGUCAAACAAAUUCUCCCUGUUAGCACCUUGACCCACCUUAGGAAAUGUAUGGAAAACAGUACGGAGAAUAUAUAUACUGAUGUUAGGGUGGAAAGGGUUAAUAUUAUGUUGAUAAAUAUCAAGAAAACAGAAGUAAAUAUUUAAUCAUGCACAAUCAACUUGGAGAUAAAGGAGUAUUUACAUGUUUUAUUACUCUACUUUGUCUGUUUUCCUUGUUGUUGUUGUUUAAUUUAUUACAUCAUCAUUGUGAUUUUUCAGUGUGGACUAAUGUCGGCACUCAGAGACUAAAACUAAAAAUCAUAGAUUCAUAUAAAAUUUUUCAUGUUUCUCUUCAUCUUUGGAGAUCCCUAGGAAAAUACUUGGGAGAGAAAAACCUCAACAGCGGUCUCUGUUCAGUGCAGACAUCCAUCAGAUAAACUUUCGCGUUGAAUUAAAACCGUCAUUGUAUGCUCCCCUGGGUCUUUGAGGAUAUGGCCUUCUUUGGGAUUUCACUCCUUUCCUCCUCCCCCCCCCUCUCCCCCACAACACAUUGUGUUAGAAAGACGCACCACUUUGGGAAGAGGCUUUGCGUUAAAACCCAAAGAACAAAUACAAGAUAUUAAAACUGGGUGAGAUGGGGAAAUUUAAUGCCACUGAAAGGUGACAUCUUUUUUUCAGAAGGUCAUUUGGUUUGGGAUGGUCUGGGAGGGAUAUCUUUGUUAAAUAGGCGCCAUCAUCCUCAUAUUGAUCCUAAUUACUGUUAGUUACUGCUCUUUUUAUUGACUCCUCUAGGUUGUGGAAUGAUACUCUUGUGAUCUUUAGCUCGGACAACGGUGGAGACCCUUUCUACCGCGGCUUCAACUACCCCCUGCGUGGAUACAAGAAGACGUUGUGGGAGGGUGGGGUGAAAGCGUGCGGUUUUGUUCAUGGUCAGAUGCUAAAACGGAAGGGGGUGAUCUCACGUGAUCUCAUUCACGUAACUGAUUGGUAUCCGACUCUUGUUAACCUAGCAGGUACUACAGACAUAGUUAUUUCCGUUUUCUUGAACUGAAAAGGGCGUCCUUGAAGGCUAGCGCUUACUUACGAUGUGAGUGAAGUUCGAAAUCACUGCCAAGGAUUGUCACACAAAGCUGUUCCUUAGGGGGACCUUUUUUUUUCUGAGUGGGUGUUGCUUGAAAUCCUAGAACCCUCAAGGGAACACCGAUGAACGUAAUUGGGGACGAUUACAGAGGAUAUAUGUUAGGUCUUUCAAAAAAUCGCGAAGACUGAAGAGUUGUCCUAUCACAUUCGAUGGACAUUUCUAGAAGAAGACAUUUUUAGACAUUUCAGAAGGUUUUACUUGGUUAUUUUGGUGAGGUGUUAAUUUCCACGCUAACGUUAGGUUUUGCAGCGAUGGAAUAGUUAACUUGGACAAAUUGAACGUAACUGGCAUAUAAAUGUAUUCACUUCAAUACCAUUGAAGAUACGUUUUAAAAUGCACUGUUUUCUGUCUUUUGAGUGGGUUACAUGUUGGAAUAUUUUUCAGAUACUCAGUAGUAAUGUUGUUGUUCUAUUUGUUGUUUUUUUUUGUUUUCUUUUUUGUCGGGUAAAGGACGGCCAGAACUUGGCCGAAAUCUAACUCAUAAACACCUAUACAGUUCCUACUGUCUUUGCUAAUCCUACGUUUGGAGACGGUUUGAAUGCCUAAGCACAGUCAUGGUAACUUGCUUGUGUUGUUUUGUAGGUGCCACAGUGGAUUCAAACCCUAUGCCAGUGGAUGGCUUUGAUGUAUGGGAAACCAUUUCUAGUGGAACACCUUCACCCAGGACAGAGCUUCUCCAUAAUAUUGACUUUCCUGAGAAAAGACCAGGGCUUUUAUUGACAUAUGACACAUGGUACAGCGGAGCAGCAAUUCGUGUUGGUGACAUGAAGUUAUUGAUGCAUGUACCCAAUGCCACUUGGUACCAGGUUCCAGAAGAAGGUGGAAUCGCUCCGGACAGGGAAGAAAUCUGGGUAAUGGGUUUUCCUUGUUCUUAUCUUCUUGCUCAAACGCAUUCCACGUCGUAGUCGCCGAUUUUUCCUUUGUUUGUUUGACUGAGUUUUCUUGGAAGUGAUCAAAAUUCCCCAUGCGCGCUCCCAGCAAACCAGACCCUUGAUCUUCUGUUACGAUUUAUGUUUUCACACACCAGGGAGGGUGUUCGGUUAUUUUGGUCAAUACUCUACCCGCACGGUACCCCUUUUCAAACAAAAGUUUUGAAUCUGAGAAGCAGCAGAAUGCGAGAAAAUAUUUUAGACGAACGAUAACUUUUUUUUUUAUUAUUUUUUAGGAUCAAAAAACAAACAUCGUAGAACUGGCCCUAUAUAACAUAACCGCUGAUCCUACAGAACGUUACGACGUAAGCCAUAAGCAUCCUAACAUUGUGCGACACCUGAAAGAUCGAAUACAUGAACACUGGAAGACUGCUGUCCCACCGGGGAUCGUUCCGGACGAUAUAAUGGCUUUAGCUGUAGCCAUAAAAAAUAAAGCGUGGGUAUCAUGGAGAGACACUUGCAAUGCCAAAUAAGGGUAUAGAUCUUUCUUCAAAAUGCCCACCUCUAAAAGAAAUGGGUCAAUUUUUUGUCGGCGCAAAGAUUUCCCAUCAAUCCCAAAAUAAAACGUUCUUCAAGGCUUCAAAAUGUUUUGGUCGAGAAAAAGAAAUGUUGAUCUUUUUCUUUCCAUCUAUAUCACCAGACGUACAAACUCAAAUAUCGCUAAUUUUAAACCGCUAUUUCUCUAAAGGUUACCCAUUACUGACUAAUAUUGCCGAAAAAUUUAAGGUUUUGGGUCUGGUCAAAACGUUCUGAUCUGGAAAGUUCGCCAUCCAAACUGUAUUUAGUUGAAAUGUUCAGUAAACGACUCGAAGGAUGGUGAACCUGCAAAAGCACCCAAAAAUAUAUGUGCGUCAUUGGCUAAGCGUGAGGUCAAAAUGGAUGGAUAUUAGCCUAGUUCUUUUUUUUUUCAUGGACUUCGACGAACGCCAGAAAAGAACGGGACUAAUCAUUUUAACAGAACAAACUCGGUUAGUAAAGAAUUUAUCACAUAGCAAAAAGAUCAUCGCUUUGCUUAUUUCGAGAGACAGGAAACAAAGCCAACUGUUCUAUGUAGCAGAAUUACCCCACGAAAGUCCUUUAUGUUUUCUUUGUUUUGACUGCCUUCCGCCACUUCUUGCGACUCUAUCGCUGACGUGUCCAAAAAUGAGUUAAUUUUCUCUCGCGAGGUAUCAAAGAAAAAAACAUAUUUUAGGCCUUAUUUUCACUAUUACUUAAAGUAGUGUUCAUAACUGCGAGGAUCGUUUCCUUAUUCGUUUCUUCAACCGCAUUUUACAUAUAUGAUUUUCAUAGAUUCACAGUCAUGUAUUCACCACUUCAAGGGUUUAUUUGGAAUUAACAUAAUGGCCAACUUCCCAGUUGGCUUAUUGGCGCAUCUUGUAGAGCACUGCACCAGUAUCACAGAGGUCAUGGGUUAAAAUCCUGUAUGAGCCUGAGUUUUUUUUUCAGCCUUUAUUCUCACUACUCUUUAUGUAGUGUUCUUAACUGUGAGGAUUGCUUCCAUAUUCGUUUCUUCAACCGCAGUUCACAUAUAUGAUUUUCAUAUAUUUACAGUCAUUUACAGGUUUCACCUUGUUGUGUAAGAACGCUGGUGAAUGAAUGGAGGCUUGGGUACAAGGCUAACCGUCAUGUUUAUUCGCUGUGAAACAUUGCAUGACGUAGUAUAUAUUUAUUUAGUUGGUUGGUCAAUAAAAACGAGUCAGUGUAGUGGUAGUCUGCCGCCUUUAUCAUCUGGAGCUGUCGUUAAGGUUAAUCAAAGUAAGUACCAAUGAUGUAAGUUUGCC